CCAUGGCGUCUGGCUGCAAGAUUGGUCCGUCCAUCCUCAACAGCGACCUGGCCAGUUUAGGGGCCGAGUGCCUUCGUAUGCUGGACUCUGGGGCCGAUUAUCUGCACCUGGAUGUAAUGGACGGGCAUUUUGUUCCCAACAUCACCUUUGGUCACCCUGUGGUAGAAAGCCUCCGAAAGCAGCUAGGCCAGGACCCUUUCUUUGACAUGCACAUGAUGGUAUCCAGGCCGGAACAGUGGGUAAAACCAAUGGCUGUAGCAGGAGCCAAUCAAUAUACUUUUCAUCUCAAGGCUACUGAGAACCCAGGGGCUUUGAUCAAAGACAUUCGGGAGAAUGGAAUGAAGGUUGGCCUUGCUAUCAAACCAGGAACUACAGUUGAGUAUUUGGCACCAUGGGCUAAUCAGAUAGAUACGGCCUUGGUUAUGACAGUGGAACCUGGGUUUGGAGGGCAGAAAUUCAUGGAAGAUAUGAUGCCAAAGGUUCACUGGUUGAGGACCCAGUUCCCGUCUUUGGACAUUGAGGUUGAUGGUGGAGUAGAAACGUUCUCUCGACCGAUGAAACCACAAGGGGUCCAGUGUUUCUGCUUAUGA